AGAAGCAUAUAUUGUUAAAAAAAAUAUAAACCGAAAAUUUGUUUUUUUUAAACUGAAUAGAAAUCAUUCAAAAAAAAUAUUUUUUCUGCUAACUGGUUUCCUAAAAUCAAACUAAAGCAACUGUAUUUAUAAACUUCUUCUUUUCAGAUCAAAUCCAUAUGAACCGGAUUUGCGCUGCAAAUGGAGAUUUCGAAAUAUUUUGCACUUUGGGUAUCGGUUUUAUUAUAUCUUUAGAAGCGACAAGGGGCGGGUCGUUCAGCAUAUGUUUGAAUAGCUUGUAUGAAAUGAACAUCUGAUAAGAUGGGAGACGAAAAAUCAGACGAAAAUGCAGCAUAUUGUGAGAUUAAAGAGGAGCCUACGCCAGGACGAUACAUCAAAGCAAGAUACGUUUUGGCGUUCAUGGGUUUUCUCGGUAUGUUUAAUGUGUAUUCACUCCGAACAAACUUAAGCGUCGCCAUCGUUGCUAUGGUCAACUCCAGUAGCGAGUCGGAGGGAAACGCUUCAAACGUUUGCCCGGACAGAGGACAGAGCACAAGUGAAACUGCUAACUCGAACGGCAUUUUCGACUGGAAUUCAGCAGAUCAAGGAUUACUUCUGGGUUGUUACUUUUAUGGUUACAUCGUCAGUAACGUACCGGGUGCGUGGCUGGCAAGAAGAUAUGGCAUAAGACUAGUUCUCGGUAUAGCGAUGUUGCUCUCCUCUAUUAUAACACUAUUUACCCCACUAGCUGCAAGAGCAAGUUUUGAACUGUUUGUUGCCUUGAGAGUGAUGCUCGGAUUUCUUCAAGGUGUCAGUUUCCCAACUAUGCAAGGGGCGUGGGGGUUGUGGGCGCCUCCAAUGGAGAGAAGCGCUCUUAUUUCCGCCCACGUAUCCGGGGCAAGUUUCGGGACAUGUGUCACUCUACCGCUGGCUGGAGUGAUCGCAGAUGAAGCGGGAUGGGAAGCCGUGUUUUAUGUUACAGGGUCUGUAGCUUUGCUUUGGAGCUUAGUUUGGCUUGGUAUUAUACACAACUCACCGUCGGAGCAUCCAAGGAUAUCAGAACAGGAGAAGUCUUACAUUAACAACAGCAUUGGAGUGGAGACUUAUAAGCAAGAGGGUGUAAAGCGAAGAACGCCAUGGAAAUCAAUGCUCACAUCCCUACCGCUGUUAGCUAUACUGACUGGUCACUUUGCAAGUAAUUGGGGCAACUACACUUUACUAACGAUGCUGCCAACAUAUAUGUCGUCUAUCCUCAAGUUUAACCUUUCCACGAGCGGUUUCCUGUCCUCCGUACCGUACAUUCUACAGUGGCUGUUUACGGUUAUUGGCGGAUACAUUACUGAUGUAAUACGCAGACGUGGACUUGCUUCGACAAACGUCAUUCGUAAAGUGAACACAGCUCUGGGAUUGGGAAUUCCUGCUCUGUUUUUGGUGUUGGCUGGUUAUAUUGGGUGUAACGUUGCAGCAGCUGUUGCAUUCUUCUCGAUUUCUGUUGCAUUUAAUGCACUGACAGUGCCUGGUUGCAAAGCAAACACAGUGGACAUAGCACCAAAGUACGGCGGAAUAAUAUACGGAAUGUCGAACACACUUGCCAAUAUUCCUGGUUUCUUGGCACCUCAAGUCGUCGGCCUUUUGCUUUUAGAUGGGAAUAGUCUCACUCAGUGGCAAACUGUGUUUUGGAUAUCUGCUGCGAUAUAUUUAGCUGGUGCGUUGGUGUAUCUUAUUUUUGGGUCGGCAACCGAACAGUCGUGGGCAAAAGGAGACAUUAUCAGCAUACAAAAGCAAGAGCAUUCUCUUUCCACUGUAUCAAUGUCAAAAUUGUAACUCAUAUGACGUUUAUUUUGUAGUAUAUACCAACGUAUAGUUGCUGCAAUAAUUUUACUCAUUCACGAAUUUAAUACGCUAAGGUAAUAAAAUAUGUUUCCACAAGUCACGACCACACAAGAGUAUAUAAUCUAUUUUGGGGUUGCUUAUAUGAUUUUUUUAUCUAUAAGUACAGUGGGUUGGGGAAAUAUGGGACACCUUUUAAAUCUACUUUCUCGUCCCAUUUAGUCAUAAACAAAGAACAUUCGAAGAAUUAUAAAACUAUAUCCCCACGACUUCCAUAGACCGUUGUUAAUUGUUUACAACACAAUCAUGAUAUUCGGAUAUUAUCUGCUAAAGGUGUCCCAUCUUACCCCAGCCUACUUUGUUUACGUAGUUUUAUUUUCGCAUUUUGUAGUCGAACAUCACUGAUUUGCCUAUUUGUCGCUUGGUAAUAAAUAAUUUAAAAGUUGC